AUGAGCCCUACGACUACAACCCAGGAUAAGCCGUCAUCUAGGACUACUACGACCGUGGCUUGCUUUCUUAGUUCCUACGGCCCGAUGAGUUGCAACACUCGCACUAGCGCGCGCCAUCGUCGCAUCCGAGCGCUUUUCCGGCGACGCCACAUACUUUCUUGUCUCAGCGCGCGAUUCGCUCGGUUCCUGAAGUUGUUUGUCAGCCACCGGGAUGCCGAUGACGUCAAGCUCCGAUUUGCCCCGCGAUGCGUAAAUGUUGAUUCGAUCGCACCGCUGCAUCUAGAGAAUAAUGAGUCUUCGGGAUACUCUGCUCCGUACAGCAAUGGUCAAAGCAAGGGCGCUCGGCGAGACCGGGGUCGACGGAAGAGGCGCGGGCUUUCCCUCAUGGCCGCAUUUGCUUAUGUUGCCCGAGCGCCACGCCGACAUGCCCUGCAUUUGAGCGGUUCCGACAGUUAA